UGAUCCACUUUCUUCUUUUCUGUCUCAUCACCAUCACCAACGCUUUUUGCUCGGAUUAUUGCUAUCCAUCAUCAUCAUCAUCUUUUGCAACAUUUUAUUCGCUAAUCAACACAACAUUAUCGCUUAUCACUGACCCGAUUUGGGUCUGAUUAUGCCCUAUUCGAAUCCAACAUUUUCUGCAUCGUCUGGAUUUGACUCGUUCAGCAUACCAAUCAAGUCAAGCAUCCAAUCGGAACCAAUCACCAACCAAGCACCAGAGUUACCUCAAACAACGACAGUGACUUGGUCUUCCAGUAAGAAGAGCCUUCCUAUCGACAAAACAGGAAUCCAUCCAACAGACCCUUCAAGUCAUUUAGCCGGCCACGUUCAUUCUCAGAGCGUGCCAAGAGAACCAGCUGGCCUCGUGAUGAGCAAAGUUGCAGGUCCACAAGCAAUCAGUGCAAACGCUUUACGUUCAUAUCCUUCCACUUCAGUUCAUUCAUCUUUGCCAGUGUUGACAGCAAUGAGUGGCGUUGCAAAUCCAACAGGUACAACAUUGAAUCCGUCUUCAUCCGGAUGGAAUAUGGCAGGUAGCACAGGCACACCUGUUUCAUCUAAUUAUCAAUUUCCUUAUUCUGCUUCCAAUCAAAUGGCACCAAACAGUAACAGCACAUUCGCCACACCUUCAAGCAAUUCAUCUUCUUCUGCUUAUCAAUAUCAUCCUCAUCAUCAACAUUCAAAUAGCUUGGGGAAUGCAUCAAAUAUGGAUUUAAGCUCCAACAACAAUUUCGCAGGUCAUAGACGUGUCAACACCGAAUCAGCCAUGCCAUCCGCACAAUACAUUAGCGGAUAUGCUGGAAACUUUAUGGGAAACACAGCAGAUCAAAGCGGUGAGUAGAGUGGUUUGAAUUUGCACUUUCUUGCUUCACUUUACCAUGUCGCAUGGGCAUCACUCUUCCAGUACAAUGGUAAUGGAAAUGUGAUCAUGCAUAUAGUGUCAAACGAGCGCAACGCGGGAACGCUUGUUGUGAGGAGUAUGCAUAUAUGACUGACUGUAGUUCAAUUGGGCGUUUUCGUUGGCGCAGUACGCUAACACACUUUUUACCUUUCUCCCAGGCACUCAAUCAUCCAUUACAGCCGCUACUCC